UGGUAACCCUAGCUCGCUCGCUCGCCCUAGGCAGGCCCAGGCCGCGCGCACAUAAAAGACGACGAGCCGCCGCCGCAAACUCUGUCUUCCGCCGGAGGAGGAGCGACGGCGGCAUCAACUCCGUGAACCAGGUCCGUCAUGUCGUCGUUCGCCGGCGUAUCCGUCCUCGCCGACGGCGGGCUGUGCCCCGCGACCGAGUCGUUCGUCGACACCGGCACGGACUGCGGGUACCACCUGCUGGUGGUCCAGGACUACCGGCGCACCAAGCAGGAGGCACCCACCGGCGACAGCAUCACCUCCCGCCCAUUCACCGUCGGAGGCCACGACUGGUACCUCCACUACUACCCCAACGGCGAGAACCUGAGCUGCGCCGACUACGUCUCCCUCAGCGUUUCCCGCCUGUACGACGACGAGGGGGCCGACGAGGUCGUGGACACCAAGUUCGGGUUCAGUUUCGUCGACCAGGUCGAGAAGCAGAAUCCAGUGUACAUCCGUGGAACCGAAACGUGCAGCUUCCCCUUACCCGGUUCUUCGUGGAGCUGCGACAAGUUCGUCAGGAGACACGCCCUCGAACGAUCGGCAAAUCUAAGGGGCGACUGCUUCACCAUCCGGUGCGACAUCAUGGUUGUCCAGGACACCAAGGGCGGCGAUGGCGAGGCGCUCCUGCCUGACAUACACCGGCAUUUCGGCGAUCUCUUUCAAACCAAUUUGGGUGCUGAUGUGACAUUCGAGGUCUGUGGUGAGAUGAUUGCUGCACACAGAUGCGUGCUUGCUGCCCGGUCUAAAGUCUUCAGGGCACAGCUCUUUGGCCCCAUGAAGGAGGGCAGUGCUACUACUACAUCCAGUGUCAUACAGAUCAAAGACAUGGAAGCAAACAUAUUCAGAGCCUUGCUUAGCUUUGUCUACACAGACUCAUUCCCCGCGAUGCAUGAGGACAGCAUGGAGGAGGAUGAAACGUCACACCUUGUGGAACAUGGACAAGGAGAGGAAGCUCUAGAAGACAAAAUGUCAGAAGCUGCGGAACAAGGACAAGGAGAGGAAGCAAUAGAGGACAAAAUGUCAGAAGUUGCGGAACAAGGACAAGGAGAGGAAGCAGUAGAGGAUGAAACACGCGUGCAAUGGCUGCAGGACUUGUUUGUAGCGGCAGACAGAUAUGAUCUCCAACGGCUCAAGUUCAUCUGCGAAAAACAGCUAUCUGAGCUCAUAGGUGUCAGCUCAGUGGCGUCCACCCUUGCUCUAGCUGAGCGGCACCACUGCCGCGGAUUGGAAGAGGCGUGCAUUAAGUUUAUCCAAGUCCAGUCUCCCUCAUGUUUGCAAACAAUAAUGGCGACCGAUGGCUGGGAGCAUAUAAUCACGACCUAUCCCUCUGUUUUGAAUGAGCUCAUUGCCGAGGUUAUUGCUUUGAACCAGCAGACUUUAUCACUCUUUACUAAGAUCUGAAGUGACGCUGCUAUGCAUAUGUGGGAUCCCCUAGACUAGAGAGAUCGUAGUCCAUGUCUCUUGUUUUUUUAUCUUGUCAUCUAUAUAAUUUGUCUGUAUGCUGAAUUAGAAAAAUCCCAGCGUAUAGGCAAAUUGUCCCUUCAUGGAAUGGUUGGUCUGUAAACUCAAGUGUUGAGUGCAGAUUGAUUUGGCAUUGCA